AUGGUUUGCAAAGAGGACGUGGUAUCAUGGUUUAAAGAAUUGGAAAGCUAUAAACGUAUAGACGCAAUGUGUACAUUACUAAAUAUGUGCUUGCCAUUCGAAUUACGUUUUAUCGGGACGUACUUAGAAGAGCUCGGUAAACGAGACUUUCAGGAGUUGCGUGGAGCGGAACUUAGGGCCAAUAAUCCAACAGAUCUUGCCGCCGAUAUUGGAGGAGCUGAUACAGACUCCAGAACACGACGAAAAAUGGCACUUUAUGUCUCUCUGUUAAGGUCAUGUAAUUUUGCAUGUGCUACAACAUUGUACAAUGCCAUGGUAAACUUAGAACAAAGUGGCCUUCUCAAAGGUCUAUAUGGCGAUCUGCUUGAAGAAAUAUUGCUGUUAUAUACUAUGGCUCUUCACCACCCAGCAUUUACAUUUGACCAAAAGUCACAUUUUGGUGAAAUAUUAGAUAAGCUGAAAUUGGAAGACCAACGGCUACAAUUUCAAGAGCAUCAAGAACAUCUCAAUGUAGUCCCAGUUAGUGGUUGCCAUACUCAAUCUAAUGUCACUCUAAACAUGUCAAUUCCACCUCCAAAUAUACCAAAUUUGGGGCCUCCUCCUGGUUUAAUGUUUGUGAAGACGUCUGGAGUUCAGCCCAACAGCUCGGAAGCAGUGUCAGAAAUCAGUUCUCCACCAGUGCUCAAUACGGGCGGACUGCAGAUGUUACCUGAUGUGCCUCAUCCACCACCUGGUUUGCCAAUACCACAAUAUAACUUAGGCGAAUUCAUAGGACCGCACACAUGGCCAGCUAAUAUUAUAGUAUCUCCACUUAAUCCGCCAAUGGAGGUAAUAAAUUACCAAGCAACCGGACCUCCACCUUCACCACUAGUAUCUUCUCCUGGGGACAGUCGUGCCGCAUCGCCUCGAUCUCGUCGCCGUUUAUCACGUGACCGUUCACCGCCGCUGCCAGACCCGCCUAUACAACAUCUAGCUGCUAACUUUGACAGUCUUUCUGUUGGAGAGUUGCGACAUACAAUCGGCGAGGAACGUCUCCGUGAAAUCAGUGCGGUACACCAGUACCGGUCGCUGGAGAAACUAAACGGGGUGAGACGACGGGCAGCCUACUGUCCCCCUGCGACCUCGUCGGACUCGUCAAGUACGGGAUCCACUCCCCCCGGGACCCCUGCGCCCCCGCAGCGCCGUCACACGCCCUCCGCACCGCCCCCCCGGAACUGCCCCGCCCGUGCCCUUCAUACAGUACCCGCGCCCCUAUCCGUACCCCACGCCGCCUCCCGCAUUUCGGCGGUGCCCCCCCCUGAAGCGACGGAUAAAUAG